AUGAACGUGAGAAACACAGUAAAAUUAAAGCAGACAAUUGAUUACAAAAGUUCAUGUAGAAGGCUAGACAUAGAACUAGACAAACAUCAGCAGAAGGAAUUUCAGGACAAUAUUGCACAACAUCGGAUAUCAGAGGCCAAAGAAAGCUAUUCGGAUUCGCUGGAGGUUGGAAAGAUGAAAUAUCAGAAAGACUAUAAUAAGGAAUCAAUUAAGAAGCUAGAAGAGAAGGUGAUGGAGAAUAAGAAAAAGUAUGAGGAAUUUUGUAUGACAUCUACUGCAGAGAUGGCCAUUGUGCCUGUUGAGGAAGUAGUCAUUUUGAAAAAUUUACUUCAGAAAGAGACUCUUAUCAGAAAUGCUACCGAAGGGGAGCUAAAUCGUCUGAAAACUCAAAUGAAAGAACUGAAAGAUCGGGAGGCAUCAAGAGAAUCACAUAUCUUAAAACUUCGUAAGAUGUUGGAAGAUGAGGCACAGCAGAAGGAGAAUCUCAAAAGAGAAAUAACCAGAUUGCAAAGUCAACUGCUGCAAUUAGGUUUUAAUGUUGGAAAAAAAACACAAAAAAUUCGUCGAGUUCGAUCUGAGAAAGUUGCUGGUGGUUUAGAUUAUUCUCCCUCUUUCCUGGUUAAACAUCAACAGCAAGCUUCAGGAAAUGGAGAGGAGGCCUCAGCUGCCAAGCUCUUUGAACAAGGUGGAUUGCAGAAGAUUCUGUCGUUGCUUGAACCAGAAGAUGCUGAUGCACAAAUCCAUGCCGUGAAAAUAAUAGCUAAUUUAGCUUGUGAAGAAAGAAACCAGAAGAAGAUUGUAGAAGUAGGUGGACUUACGCCCUUGCUUUCACUCCUUAAGAACUCAAAAGAUGAAGCCACACAUAGAGUUGCAGCAAGCGCCAUUGCCAAUUUGGCAAUGAAUGAAACCAACCAAGAUCUCAUUGCCGCUCAAGGAGGCAUUAAUUUACUGUCAAUGGUAGCAGCCAAUGCUGAAGAUCCUCAGACCCUUCGAAUGGUUGCUGGAGCAUUUGCUAAUCUUUUUGGAAAUGAUAAACUACAAAUAAAGAUAAGAGAUGAAGGUGGUCUCAAGGCACUAUUGGGAAUGGUCAGAUGCAGACAUCCUGAUGUACACACCCAGAUUGCCCGUGCAAUAGCCAACUUUGCAAAAUGUGAGUCUAAAGCAUCUACUCAAGGAACAAAGGUCGAAAGGUCUUUACUUAUAGUGGACGAUUUGCUUCCGUGGAUUGUGCAAAAUGCAAAUAAUGAAGUCUCGUUAGUUAGGCGUCAUAUUGAGAUUGCUCUCUGCCACUUAGCAAAAUUUGAUACUAAACAUUGUAUAUGUUGAAGAGUUUUUGUUUGAUAUGAUACAGAAGCAAAUGCAAUAGAUAUGAUCAGUGGAGGGGCAAUGGGAGAGUUGGUUCGAGUCUCAAGAGAUUCUUCAAGAGAAGAUAUAAGGAUUCUUGCACGUGAAACACUAAUCUCCAACCCUGCAUUCCGUGCUGAGAUUAAGCAUUCGGCAUUGAAUAUGGUUAAAUAAGUUAAAUGUUUUACAGAAGUUGCACAUCUAA